CCCGGCUUCCUCCGACCAAAACCCCUCAACUACUCCUCCAGCUACUCCUACAGUUAGUCUCCCCGCUACUCCCCAAGCUACUACCUGUGUUGGAAACCCCUCAGCUACCAAGGGUUUGUAUAGAUAGUAAUCAUAUUGUUUAUGUCACUGACUGACCGAUGCAGAUCUCACUCAGUUGAUUGGGGAUGCUUUACAGCCCUCAAGCCCCUGGCUCUUUUGGAGGAAAUAGUUGAAAACGGUAUGCAUUUCAAAUAUUUAAACCAUUUUACAGUGCCUCUUUCAACACAGAAAAGCUGUCAAGGAGGGUGUCUUCUCUGGAAAACACCAUUAUAUCUAUGCAGAACACCCAGGCCCGGCUCGUCAGUGAACUGCAACAGGUGUCUAACAGGCUGUUUUACUUGACAGACUAUGCUACCUCAACAGCAACAGACACUACCACAACAGACCACUGUACCUCAACAGACUAUGACACCCCAACAGAUGCUACCACAACAGACGACUUUACCUCAACAGACGGUACCACACCGGACAUGUGAUGCAAACAGUCCCUUGCCUUUAAAUUCAAAACUUAGGAACAGACCACUAGUUAUGACACGACCACCAGACUCUACAUAUUACACAAUUGACGAAGCAAAUGACCUUUACAAACAUUACAUAGACAACGACAUGCCUGGCACCCUUGCGCAGUUGCUG